CAGAUUUUGUCGUCUUCAUUUUUUUUCCACCUCGCUCAACUUCCUGCCGUUCUCCUUUGUUAGGUUCACAAAUUCGUGUCACCUUCAUUAGGCAAUUAUGGCGGUCACUUUUGGCUUGCCCGACGAUGAAAUCGACCGCCUACUUUCGGAAGCCGAGGCUCGUCUUUCCGGCAAUGGCAGUUUAGACACUGUCGCUGUCUCUACCUCUGCCGCUGCAGCCGCAGAGACAUCGACCACGGUCGUGGCGCCUCCCGCGCCAACUGCUGGGGAACAGACGUCAGUCCUGGAGAAGAAGUCUGAGAAGCUGACUGUCCGGGUUCCCCAGCUUUCCCAGAAGAAGAAGGGACCGAAGGACACGCUGGGCGCCGAUUGGUUUAACUUGCCGCGCACCAACCUCACGCCCGAGCUGAAGCGCGAUCUCCAAGCCUUGAGGAUGCGUGACGUGGCUGCCAUGGGCAAGCAGUUCUUCAAGAAGGACUCCCGCAAGGACCUCAUUCCGGAAUACAGCCAGGUCGGGACCAUCGUUGCGGGAGCAACAGAUGGCGUAAUCAGCCGUUUGACACGCAAGGAAAAGAAGCGGACGAUCGUCGAGGAGAUCCUGUCGAGCGAGAACGUUGGCAAGCUCAAGAGCAAGUACCAAGAUAUCCAGGAGCAGAAAAGGAGCGGGAGGAAGGGCGCUCUUAUCGAUAACAACCCUGGCCAACAUCACGCCAAAAACUCGGCUGAACAGUUCGAGAUGAAUCCGCCGCGGUUAAUACGGCCAUUGCGGCCUUUCCUCCAGGGGCAAUUGCCCCUCACAGCUCCUCGCUCGGCCGCGGUCGGCAUCCCGCGCGCCUCGACCCAGCUUCGGAACUAUGCUUCGGUUGAAACACCGCCGAGUGCCAAACAGGACUCGAGCGCCACACCGCCCGCCGAGACUGCGAAAUCCGACAAGCCUGCGAAAUCCGACAAGCCGCGCGUUUCCCGCAUGCCCCGCGCCCUGGAGGCGCUGUACCUGAAGCCGCUGCGGCGCGAGGUCGAGUACGGGGUGCCGUCGUGCAACCUGCAGCUGCGCUCGUACUCGGUGCGCAACCUCGAGUUCUUCUGCGACUUUGCGCUGCGCGCCGCCUACUACCUCGGCCUCCCCGCGUUCGGCCCCGUGCCGCUGCCGCGCAUCACCCAGCGCUGGACGGUGCCCAAGUCGACCUUCAUCUUCAAGAAGAGCCAGGAGAACUUCGAGCGCAUCACCCUGCGCCGCCUGAUCCAGAUCCGCGACGGGAACCCGGAGACGGUGCAGCUGUGGCUGGCGUUUCUGCAGAAGCAUGCUUACUAUGGGAUUGGUAUGAAGGCGAAUGUUUGGGAAUUCAGCAAGCUGGCCGUCGGGCAGGAGAUGGACAAGAACCUCGAGCAGACGGAGAAACUGAUGGAGGACAAGUGGGAUCACCUGAGCUAUGUGGAGCGGCGGCCAGAGUACCAGAAAAAGAAGGACAGGGGCCCUCGCGAGCAGCUGCCUGCGGCGGAGGAGAUGUCAGAGUACCUGGCGUCAGAGAGGAGGAAGAUUGCAGGCGGCCGGGAUAUCACUUCUGAGACAAAACCAGAAUCGCAACCCACCCAGGAUAGGCCGGCCAUCUCAUCGCCAUCACCACCUAGCGAUGUUGAUGUCUCAGAAAAGGCAUUUUCAGGGGAUGUUCCGGGAGUCAUCUUCUCGGGCAUACAACCUACGGGCGAGCCUCACCUCGGCAACUACCUCGGGGCGCUGCGCCAGUGGAAACGGCUGCAGGACACAGCUCACCCGAAAACGAAGCUCUUCUUUUGUAUUGUUGACAUGCACGCCAUUACCACACCACGACCCCCGGAGGAAAUGCAGGAGUUGAGAUGGAAGAUGAUGGCCAGCUUGCUUGCCGUGGGGCUCGACCCGGAUCGGUGCACCAUCUUCUUUCAGUCGACCGUACCGCAACACGCCGAGUUGCAGUGGAUCCUGAGCUGUACCGCCUCGACCGGUUACCUGUCGCGCAUGACGCAGUGGAAAAGCAAGUUGAAUCUCGGCGAAAAUGCAACGCUAGAUAACCUCGGGGCGAAGGGGCUUCUCAAACACGGCCUGUUCUCGUACCCUGUUCUCCAGGCGGCUGACAUUCUUCUUUACCGUACCACCCACGUCCCCGUCGGCGAAGACCAGCGCCAGCAUCUCGAGUUCACCCGAGAGUGCGUUACCAACUUCAACCACACCUACAAGACGAAGUGUCUGGUGUCACCUCAGACCUUGAUUUCUCCUACCCGCCGCGUCAUGUCCCUGACCAAACCGGGCGAUAAAAUGUCCAAAUCAGACCUUUCGGCCAAGUCGCGCAUCCUCAUCACCCACUCGCCCAAGGAAAUCGCUGCGAGGAUCAACGGCGCCACAACUGACUCCCUCAACACGGUCACCUACGAACCGGAAGCCAGGCCGGGGGUGGCCAACCUUAUCAGCAUCAUGUCCGGCUUCGACCCCCAGGGCCGCUCCCCCGAGCAGCUGGGCGAGGAGAUGCAGGGCUACAAAAUCAGGGAGCUGAAGGAGGCUGUGGCUCGGGUUGUCAGCGACCAGCUCGCCGAGGUCCGGGAGCGCUAUGCAGCCUUUGAGUCCGAUAAGGACAAGCUACGAAAAGUCUCGGUUCAAGGUACCGAGAAGGCGACGCUCCAGGCGGGGGAAACCAUGGCCGCGGUGAGAGAGGCCAUCGGCUUCUCGGAUUGAUCCUCGCUUGGGCCGGCGGUUUAUGUAUGAACAGGUUGGAGGUUGGGGGGGUGUGAUUUUGUAUACUAGCAGGAUAGACCUUUGUACGUUUCCCGGGCUCACUGGACGCCGCCUGGUACAUUCUAGUGGCAAAUGGGUAUGCGGCCGACGGGUGUGCGUCCCGGUAUCACUUCACCCCCCUCACAUAAAGUAGAGCCUCU